CGACGAUUUGGAGGGGAAAAAACGAGGAAAAUGGUUUCAAACAUUUCUCGCGGUUUUCGUGAAGAUUGUCUGCAUUUUCUGAGUAAUUUUGCGUCCAGGGAAUCGCCUUACUUCGAAACGUUUUGUAAGGAAUGGCGCAAGGCGAACUUUCAGUACGUUUUCUGCGGCUGGACAUCGGAAGUGGAAAAGGUAGAAUACACGCAAGAGGUCCUGUAUAUCGUGAAACAAUGCUUUCUCUGCUCACAAAGACCGCUGGAACGGAUAGGCGCACUGUAUCUACUUUACACACUGUACAUGAAACAACCGAUGCAAUCGUUCUGCAAAAUCCGCGUCACUCUUUCUCAGUGGCAGCGGUUCCGGGAGAUCGCCGAACAACCGUACGAUGGCCAAAAGAUUCCGCAGCUCAGCGCGAUCGUGUGGAAAAUGUUCAUAUCCGAAGCGUUCCUGUUCGUGCAGGAAGAGAUCCAGCAUGGGUUCGAUAGUUUCUUCGUCAAAAAGUGUAACAACAAUAACAUGGACGAUCUGGCGCGUUGUGCGAUGCGCAUGGAGCGAGAGAUAACGACGAUGAACGCACCGACGGGGUUGUGCAAAGCGCUGGAAAUCCUAGAACUGGGAUACAACGAGAUGAACGAAGCAUUGCAGGACGGUGAGCCAUCGUCUUCUGACGCAAUCGUUGGUGACAAAAUACCGCAAUCGACGCUGAUGGAAAGCCUACGCAAAGAUUUCGACUCGAUGAUGACAGCAAUGGAUAAGGCAAACAAGCUCGUCUUUGGGCCACGGUGGGCGGUGGGCGAAAGUGGGUUGCCCAAGGAUACGAUCGGGAACCGCCGGUACUCGAAACGGCAAGAUGCUUUUCGGGCAAAGGUGCAGGACAAGCAAUUCACGAUAGCGACCAGUGCCCUAGAGGAUGUGGAGAUGGACGAUCCGGAAGACACCUCACCGCCGGAACCACAAUCUAGCUCUUCGAAGGAGAAGCCAGGGAGGAAGCAGACCAACAGCUCGUCCACUGCCGGCUCUAGUAAAGAUACGAAGAAAAACAUACGCUAUACUCGAAGCAAAAUACUGAUUUCGAAGGAUUAGAAGAGAGGCUUUACUGGAUGGUUCUUGUCUACUGGUAUUUGAAGCGGAGAAGUGAUAAUGAAUUGGAUAAUGAACGAUUAAUUCAAUGAAUUGAUUAAGCAUUAGUUACGUAAACCAAGAAAUUGCCAUUUGAAUAGAAGAAAAUAAAUUUUAAAUUACUCUUUAA